GACAGAUUUCCCUAAAUUAAUUAACCAGCUUUCUCAAGUCAAGCUAAUCCUUCAUUUGUUUGCUAAAUUAAUCAUAUCUCUAUGUAAUUUUAAACAAACUAAUGAGCAUUAAAUUCUAUGGAAACCUCUAGUUUAAGAAGGGGGAGCUACUAACUCUCUUCUCUUCCUCCACUACCACAUGUGAGCUAAUUACUUCUCGGUCUCAUAGUCUAGCACACGGUUUAUAUUAUUAUUGGUCUAAUCCACACAAUUCUUUCUCAAGUUCAUGCAUAAAUCACUAAAUCAAUUGAAAGGUGAUCAGGCUCUCAAUGCAUUAAACUCAAUAAUAUAAACUCAUCAUGCAAAUAACCAAUAAAUCUUGAAUUAAACUAACAAAAACAGUCACAUAUUCCAAAAAUUAAAAUCUAUCCAUCCCUUGUUCAAAGAAUUCUAGCCACACAUGUAUAUGUUCUCAACAGCCAUGAAAAAUAAAUCCUAGCAGAAAAUCAUAGUAAAAAAUUCAGAAACAACAAAACCCAAACUAUGAAGAAUUGUAAUUUGCCGAAUGGUGAGCUGUGGUCGGGAUCUCCCAAGAAGGCUGGGCGGCAGCGUGGCUCUUCUGCAAACGGAAUUGGUUCUUGCGUUCUCAAUUCGCAGAGCAGAUUUGUGCGGUUCUGUCUUCUUCUGCUGCUGGUGAACAACAGAUGCGGAUGGCAAGAAGGCUGGGCGGCUGGGCUGCUUCUCCUCCAAUGUGCAGAACAACUCCUCUCGCAUCUCUCUCUGUGGCUCCCUUGUUUCUGCCGAGUAGCAUCUAUAUAUAUCUCCAGAAAUUAGAAACCCCUUAACCCUAGCAGACAUGGGAAUUGGGCUUUGGUUUGGGCUUGGACUGCAGUUGGCCCACACCUAAAAACACAGUCCAAUUCUCUUUAUUUUUGCACUCUGUCCAUUGUCAAAACCGUCACUUUCAACCAAAAAUCUGUAUUGAUACAGCUAGAACUGGGUUAAGCUCAUAAAACAUCAAUUGUAGCUCUGCCUCUUAGCUUUCCAACGCCUAAAGAAUCAUCUCAAUCCGAUACCUAGAGAAAAAGAUAUGAUUAAAUUACUAUAACAUGU